GGGGAGGGAGGAGAGAGGAGACUUCAUGAAGGACUACAGAGCUCUUAUUCUGCGCAAAAAAAAAAAAAUGACCCGGGUAAAUUUUCUCGCGUCCGUUUGGGAAUCAUGAAGUAUCCUUAGUGGAAGUUUUUUUUUUCUUUUUCUUUUCCUUUUUUUUUUUUUUUUUUUUUUUAAAUUUGUCAACGAACAGGAAAAAGGAGGCUCUGAAGUGGAGUAGUGGAGACGCUCCUCCGAGUUUGUACCGUACGCAGGGACCACACUGUUGGCUGGAUCACCGAGAAAAGGACGGGUUCAGCAGAAAAAAAAAAAAGAAGACCGGAGAAGAAGUUUGUGCAGGAUGCAGGGGGUUUCAGCCACUGACCUCCCCCCGUCCCCUCUACAGUACCAGUGUGGGUCCUCGGACUACCUGUGUUCACCGCGGUCAGUAACGAAAGGUCUCACCCCCAGACCAUGUCACGACAGGCCAGCCAUCAAACCCCGGCCCCAGCUCACCACCUCACCCAAAUCACCAAUCGCACAGAAACCUCAAGUGCCCCCUAAACCUGCACAUCUGCUGGCUCUUGGGCAAGACAAGAAACCGAAAAGGAUCCCCCCGGCACCUUCUAGACCCCUGCCAGCGCCGCCUCCUCCUCCUAAACCAAAGCCUGUUCUAACCCCUCCUGUCCUGGGAGCAGAGCCACAGAGAGAGGCCCAGAAGGUGGGGCUGCUCAUCGAGAGGUUUGAAAACUCAAGGGUUCCCAUCCUGGGGGUGCUCCCACGGUCUCAGCUGCACCUGUGUCUGAGGAUGGACACUGUGAAUGACAUCACUUCCUCCUGCAGCCAGGACGCCACGGUAAAGGUAGCAGGAGACUCCUCCCCUGUGGACAAACUUGCACUCGGCACAUCUGAUCGGACCGACGAGGUGCCUGAACUCUCCCGUCUGGCCUCUGUGCACAUCAGCGGCUCGGACGAUGCUCCGUUGGACACUGAGGUCAACAUCGCACACAGUGUUGGUUGCCUUGACGAUGUGGAGCAGGAGGACGGCUCCUCCCAUGAGCUCCUGGACAAUCCGGACACAUCGGAGCAGAACGGGAAGAUCCCUAACCGGGACAGUGGCAUCGACAGCCCGUCAUGCGCCGCCGAAGGGGAGGUGUUCCCUAAUGAGGACGCCAUUGAUGAAGAGGACCAUUAUGAUAGCGUCACGGAAACAGAAAGUGUGUCCUGCUGUGUUACCCUGGGCAACAAGCGAGACUCAACUCAAGAUGAGGACAGUGACUUGGAUGAGGGGAGCAGUGGAGAGAUUCACUCUUUGACAGACACACAGAGUGUGUAUCUGACAGAUACACACUCAGAGGCACACAAAUGCUCAGAGGCUCAGAAGCUCCUGAACAUCGCCAAAGAGCUCCUCCACACUGAAGAGGCCUACGUCAAACGACUAAACCUCCUCGACCAGGUAUUUUGCACUAAGCUGACAGAGGCUGGAAUCCCUCAGGAUGUCAUUACAGGGAUCUUCUCCAACAUCUCCUCCAUCUACUGCUUCCACGACAAGUUUCUGCUCCCUGAGCUGAAAACUCGCAUUACUGGAGAAUGGGACACCAACCCUCGUAUCGGAGACAUCCUCCAGAAACUGGCUCCGUUCAUGAAGAUGUAUGGGGAAUAUGUGAAAAACUUUGACCGAGCCAUGGACUUGGUCAACACCUGGACACAGCGGUCGUCACAGUUCAAGAGUGUCGUUCAGAAUAUACAGAAACAGGAUGUGUGUGGGAACCUGACGUUGCAGCACCACAUGCUGGAACCGGUCCAGAGGAUUCCCAGAUAUGAACUGUUGCUCAAAGACUACCUGAAAAAACUGCCUGAUGAUGCUCUGGACCGAAAAGACGCAGAGAAGGCACUGGAGCUCAUCUCUACAGCAGCUAAUCACUCAAAUGCAGCAAUCAGGAAAAUGGAGAAGAUGCACAAACUGCUGGAAGUUUAUGAGCGACUUGGGGGGGAGGAAGACAUAGUUAAUCCAGCCAAUGAGCUCAUUAAAGAAGGACAUAUCAAGAAGAUGUCAGCCAAAAAUGGAACAGCACAAGAUCGAUACCUCUACUUGUUCAACAAUAUGGUGCUAUACUGUGUGCCUAAACUCAGACUGAUGGGACAGAAGUUCAGUGUCAGGGAGAGGAUUGACAUCGCUGGCAUGGAGGUGCAGGAAAAUGUGAAACAGAAUCUUCCUCACACGUUUGCCAUCAUUGGCAAGCAGCGUUCACUGGAGCUGCAAGCCAGGACAGCUGAAGAGAAGGAAGAUUGGAUUCAGGUGAUCCUGGCCACCAUUGAGCGGCACAAGCAAAACAGCGAAACAUUCAAUAAAGCAUUCAACAGCUCUUUCUCCAGAGAAGAUGACCACCUGCCUGACUCACCGGGUCCCUGGUGUAACACAUCCAUCGACUCAGAUGGCGAAAAACUGCAUGAAAGGAAGAGUUCCAAGAAAAAGGAGAAAGAAAAGCAGACGUGUAAAGGUUGCAACGAAAGCUUCAAUUUCACCAAACGCAAACACCACUGCAAAGCCUGCGGAGCGGCCAUCUGUGCAAAGUGUUCAAAGACCUUGGACAACAAAACGAGUCGAGUGUGCCCGGAGUGCUUUGAAGCCAGCCUUAGCCUGGAGAAUCUGGGCGUUAGUGAACAGAAACGAAAAGCUGCGCCUGAGAGGCAGACAUCUCUGACAGCGGAGAACUGCAUACUGUGUGGUCACCUCCAGGUACAGGAGAAAGGAAAGACCUGGACUAAGAUGUGGGUGGCUGUCACCAAAGCCGAGCCUCUGGUGCUCUAUGUGCAGAGCAGUGGACAGGACUCCAAGGGAGCGCGUGGGAUUCCUCUACCUGGUUUCGAGGUCAACCUGGUGCCAUCAGGGGAAAAGUCGGAGGCAAAACACGCUUUCCGACUCAGUCACACCCAGCAGACUUUGCUCCUAAGUGCCCAAGAUGCAGAACUGCAGUCUAAGUGGGUGGACAUCCUCUCAAAAGCUGCUCGUGGAGAAACACCCACAGAUGCAUCGACGAGCCUCACUGAACACAGGAAGAGCCAGUAGUGGCCACAGCGGAGUCACACCCCCUUCCUCCCCCUCUCCUGUGUAUAGAGCACAGAUUACUUGAAAUCACUUUACCUUGGCACUUUUUGUUGUUUUGUUAGUUUUUUUUUCUUUGUAAGGACCACUCAAUCCUUCCUAUGCCACUUCAGUCUUAUUUUAAUGACCACACAGAUACUUCUUGUCAUUAUCUUUCUCUGUUUCUAAACACACAAACAUAAGAUGGACCACCAUCACCACUGUAUGUGUGGUUAGGAUAUUUUAUUUUUCAGUGUUUUCACAGUCAAAGAAGAGCUUGUUUUAUUUGUAAUAUAGCUAAUGAAGGUUCCUGUAUUUCUUUUUUAAGAUGAAGUUUCCUCAACAUUAUGCGACUGUGUUGUGAAGCAUUAACUUGUGCGUGUCUUCAUUUGUGUGAAUGUGUAUAUGUGAGUGUGGGUUGAGUGGGAGUUCCCUCCCAUGUUUAUUAAGUAUUGAAUGUUAGUGUAAGAAACCUGCAACACCUCUCUGUUCUCUUCAUCCCUGCUGGGAACACAGUGGCAGUUCAGUGGGUAUUGUACAGUAUGUAUACUAUAGUGCGAUGUAAGGAAACAAAGAAAAAAGGCGUUUUAACUUAAAAUAAACAGAGAUGUGCACAUUUGUGGCUGGCCACCUGUUGCUCCCACUGUCAGCUCCCAUCUUACAGACCCCCUCCUCAUACUUGUCUUUCUUAUAUUGGUAAUAAUCCCCUCCCUUUUACUGUCUUUGGACUCUGAGACCUCUGAUCUAAGGCAGAAAGUGGUCUGAUUCACCACAUUUCCAAACUCUUAUUAUUGUGACUCACCCAGAUGAGAGUACAAAGCCAGAAUGAGAUCUUGUGGCCUCAUUUCUGACCCAAUGCUGCAGGUUCAGUUUCUCAGUAUCUCCACGUGUAUACAUGCUGAAAAAAAAUCCUUUCCAUGUAGUUUUCUCUCUCAGCAUAGCAACUGUUUGCCUGCUUCUUUCCCUUUGGUGAUGUGAUGGAAACCAAGUACUGUACUGUAAAACUGUUUAUUCUGCCUUCCCCCCUGUACCCUGCUCCUAUCAGCACCAGCCUUCAAGCAAAAGUAGCAAAAAACUCAUCAUUGGAUCUCUUUGUGCAUGUAAACUCACUCAUAUUUAUGUACCGUGCUAUGAAAUCUUGCAGAAUCCCCCUGUUCCCCUUUUUAAUGCUCCAGAAUUCAUUCUUGUCGUACUGUAAGUGAGCAGAGUCAACAUAGAGUGUUUAAAACAUGGACUGUGCGCGGUGGAAAAGCAGUCAAGCAUAUCAUCAAUAAACAGACCUUGUGGUUCAUUUAGGACCACGUUGUCUCUUCAUCUG